GAGGCGCACCAGGUGCGUGAUGACGCAAAGGCGUGCGCUUGGUGGCUCGGAGGGGAAGAUGGCGGCCAGCUUGGGCCGGUGAGGCGGUAACUCCAGCGGUGGGGAGAGAAGGAGUGGAGGUGGCGGGAACGCGCCAGACGGCGGAGACCUCUAAGAAGGAGCCAAGGCCGAAGACUCCACCCUUAACUUGGGCGGAGGGGAGCCCAGCCCAGAGACUGGACGUGUCCUAGAAAGAAAACAUCACCAUGGCUACAGAAAUUGGUUCUCCACCUCGUUUUUUCCAUAUGCCACGGUUCCAGCACCAGGCACCGAGGCAGCUCUUUUACAAACGACCAGACUUUGCGCAGCAGCAGGCCAUGCAGCAGCUCACAUUUGAUGGGAAACGAAUGAGAAAGGCUGUGAACCGGAAGACAAUAGACUAUAAUCCUUCUGUGAUCAAAUAUUUGGAGAACAGAGUGUGGCAGAGAGACCAACGAGAUAUGCGGGCAAUCCAGCCUGAUGCAGGAUAUUAUAAUGAUCUGGUUCCACCUAUAGGUAUGCUGAAUAAUCCUAUGAAUGCAGUAACAACCAAAUUUGUUCGGACAUCUACCAAUAAAGUUAAAUGUCCAGUAUUUGUCGUUAGAUGGACUCCUGAAGGGAGACGGUUGGUUACUGGGGCUUCUAGUGGAGAGUUUACCCUGUGGAAUGGACUCACUUUCAAUUUUGAAACAAUAUUACAGGCUCACGAUAGCCCAGUGAGGGCCAUGACCUGGUCACACAAUGACAUGUGGAUGCUGACGGCAGACCACGGGGGAUAUGUGAAAUAUUGGCAGUCCAACAUGAACAACGUCAAGAUGUUCCAGGCACAUAAGGAGGCGAUUAGAGAGGCCAGUUUCUCACCCACGGAUAAUAAAUUUGCUACAUGCUCUGAUGACGGAACUGUUAGAAUCUGGGACUUUCUACGUUGCCAUGAGGAAAGAAUUCUUCGAGGGCAUGGUGCAGAUGUGAAAUGUGUAGACUGGCAUCCAACAAAAGGCUUAGUAGUUUCAGGAAGUAAAGAUAGUCAACAGCCAAUUAAGUUCUGGGAUCCAAAGACUGGGCAGAGCCUUGCAACGCUACAUGCCCAUAAAAAUACUGUUAUGGAAGUGAAAUUAAAUCUCAAUGGCAAUUGGCUACUUACAGCGUCCCGGGACCACCUCUGUAAACUUUUUGACAUCAGAAAUUUAAAAGAGGAACUUCAAGUCUUUAGAGGUCAUAAGAAAGAAGCCACAGCGGUAGCCUGGCAUCCUGUUCAUGAAGGUCUUUUUGCCAGUGGAGGAUCAGAUGGGUCUUUAUUGUUCUGGCAUGUUGGGGUAGAGAAGGAAGUGGGUGGAAUGGAGAUGGCCCAUGAAGGAAUGAUCUGGAGUUUAGCUUGGCAUCCUCUUGGACAUAUUCUUUGUUCAGGGUCAAAUGACCAUACCAGCAAAUUCUGGACUAGAAAUAGACCUGGAGAUAAGAUGCGGGAUCGUUAUAACCUGAAUCUACUCCCUGGAAUGUCAGAAGAUGGAGUAGAGUACGAUGACCUUGAGCCUAAUAGUUUGGCAGUUAUUCCAGGGAUGGGAAUACCGGAGCAGUUGAAACUAGCAAUGGAACAAGAGCAAAUGGGGAAAGAUGAGUCAAAUGAAAUAGAAAUGACCAUUCCAGGAUUGGACUGGGGGAUGGAGGAGGUAAUGCAAAAGGACCAAAAGAAGGUGCCACAAAAAAAAGUUCCUUAUGCAAAGCCUAUUCCAGCUCAGUUCCAACAAGCCUGGAUGCAGAAUAAAGUUCCAAUUCCCGCCCCAAAUGAGGUACUAAAUGACAGAAAAGAGGAUAUUAAACUUGAAGAAAAGAAAAAGACACAAGCAGAAAUAGAGCAAGAAAUGGCAACAUUGCAGUACACUAACCCACAGCUUUUAGAGCAACUCAAAAUUGAAAGACUUGCACAGAAACAAGCCGAACAAGUCCAACCACCCCCACCACCAGGGGGUCCCCUACUUGGACCCCAGCCUUUUCCAGGACAAGGUCCAAUGUCUCAGAUUCCUCAAGGUUUUCAGCAGCCUCAUCCAUCCCAACAAAUGCCAAUGAACAUGGCUCAAAUGGGACCUCCUGGUCCACAAGGACAGUUCAGACCUCCUGGACCUCAAGGGCAGAUGGGACCGCAAGGCCCUCCAUUACAUCAGGGAGGUGCUGGUCCUCAAGGAUUCAUGGGACCACAAGGACCUCCAGGGCCCCAAGGCCCACCACAAGGACUCCCAAGGCCUCAGGAUAUGCAUGGCCACCAAGGAAUGCAAAGACAUCCUGGACCCCAUGGCCCAAUGGGACCUCAAGGACCACCUGGGCCACAGGGUAGUUCUGGGCCACAGGGUCCCAUGGGCCCCCAAGGUCCACCUGGGCCACAAAGUCAUUUGGGGCCCCAAGGUCCACCUGGUCCCCAAGGUCAUUUAGGCCCCCAGGGUCCACCUGGGACUCAAGGGAUGCAAGGACCACCUGGUCCAAGAGGGAUGCAGGGACCUCCUCAUCCACAUGGAAUGCAAGGAGGACCAGGCUCUCAGGGCAUGCAGGGUCCUGUGUCCCAAGGGCCUCUAAUGGGUCUGAAUCCAAGAGGAAUGCAGGGACCUCCAGGUCCCCGAGAUAACCAAGGACCUGCUCCACAAGGGAUGAUGAUGGGGCACCCACCUCAAGAAAUGAGAGGACCUCACCCACCAAGUGGACUACUGGGACAUGGUCCUCAGGAGAUGAGAGGUCCUCAGGAAAUGAGAGGCAUGCAGGGACCUCCACCCCAAGGGUCAAUGCUGGGGCCUCCCCAGGAAAUGCGUGGGCCUCCAGGUUCACAGGGACAGCAGGGGCCACCCCAGGGUUCUAUGGGACCUCCACCCCAAGGAGGCAUGCAGGGUCCCCCAGGACCUCAAGGACAGCAGAACCCUUCAAGAGGGCCUCAUCCUUCUCAAGGCCCAUUACCAUUCCAGCAGCAGAAAACGCCCCUUCUAGGCGAUGGUCCACGUGCACCCUUUAAUCAGGAAGGACAGAACUCAGGCCCCCCACCUUUGAUACCAGGACUAGGGCAGCAGGGAUCACAAGGUCGAAUCCCCCCUCUUAAUCCGGGACAAGGACCCGGUCCUAAUAAAGGUGAUUCUCGUGGCCCUCCAAACCAUCACAUGGGCCCAAUGUCAGAGAGGAGGCAUGAUCAGAACAGUGGUCCGGAUCAUGGUCCUGAGAGAGGGCCAUUCCGAGCCGGCCAGGACUGUAGGGGUCCCCCUGAUAGACGUGGGCCUCACCCAGAUUUUCCUGAUGAUUUCAACCGACCAGAUGACUUUCACCCUGACAAGCGAUUUGGCCAUAGAUUACGUGAAUUUGAGGGAAGAGGAGGACCUUUGCCACAGGAAGAGAAAUGGAGGCGAGGAGGCCCAGGUCCUCCAUAUCCUCCAGAUCACCGAGAAUUCAAUGAGGGAGAUGGCCGGGGAGCAAAUCGUGGGCCCCCAGGUGCUUGGGAAGGACGAAGACCUUCAGAUGAGAGAUUUCCCAGGGAUCCAGAUGAUCCGCGUUUUAGAGGAAGACGGGAAGAAAGCUUUAGAAGAGGAGGUGCACCUCAGCGGCAUGAGGGUCGGGGUCCCCCCCGAGGAAGGGAAGGUUUUCCUGGUCCUGAAGACUUUGGGCCAGAGGAAAAUUUUGAUGCAUCAGAUGAGGCUACAAGAGGAAGAGAUCUUAGAGGCCGAGGCCGAGGUACUCCACGAGGAGGACGGAAGGGCUUACUUCCCACACCAGAUGAAUUUCCUCGAUUUGAAGGAGGACGGAAACCAGACUCGUGGGAUGCAAAUAGAGAACCAGGCCAUGAGCAUUUCCGGGAUGGUCCACGUCCUGAUCAUCCUCCUCAUGAUGGGCAUUCUCCUGCCAGCAGAGAACGUUCUUCCUCUCUCCAAGGCAUGGAUAUGGCUUCUUUACCACCCCGAAAGCGUCCCUGGCAUGAUGGACCUGGAACAACUGACCACAGAGAAAUGGAGGCUCCAGGUGGACCUACAGAGGAUCGAGGCAAAGGACGAGGUGGCCCAGGACCAUCCCAAAGAGUGCCAAAAUCUGGACGAUCCAGUUCCUUAGACGGAGAUCAUCAUGAUGGAUACCACAGAGAUGAACCUUAUGGGGGUCCUCAAAGCAGUGGUACCCCUUCCAGAGGAGGAAGGAGUGGAAGUAACUGGGGGAGAGGAAAUAAUAUGAACUCUGGCCCACCAAGGCGAGGAGCAUCAAGAGGUGGUGGAAGGGGCCGGUAGAAGAGGUUUUGGCUGGGAAGCCCCCAGUCUUAACUGGACAGUAUUUAAAUAAUUCUUGUGGACUCAGCAAGAGAAACAAAAGGAUUCCUGCACCACCACAGCACUGGUUGGACUCUUCACUGGGCUAUUUUUAUACCCAGCAGCUCCCAAUAAGGUCUUCUAGAUCAAUAGACUGCUACUGGCUACAUCGUGGUAGCUGGUUUUGUUUUGUCCUGUCCAACUUUUUUCUCACCCCUGCAUUGUUUUGUGAAGAUAAAAGCUGGAAUCUUUUUUUUUUUUUUUUUUAGUGUUGUGAGACAUGGAGCACCUCCACAUAUUUGAGUUCAUGUCUAAUUGGAAACUUGUUUCUAUAUGUACAGUUUGUCAGAAAAAAAGUUAAGUUGUUUUUGUAUGAAUACAGAAUGUGAUUUGCGUAAGAAUUAACAGAACAA